UUCUGCAUUCUAGUGUGGCCCUGGUUACACUUCCUCUGGCUCAGUCACACAGCUACCUGGAAGGUGACUGGACGUGUACAGUUGUCCUCGCCUGGAUUGUGCUGAUGUGGCCCCAACCCCACCGCCCUACCCAUCCCAUGAGGUCCGAAGAAACCCCACUGAUCAAAUUGGCCAAGGCCAAGGAAAAGUUGAGAGACUCUCAUCCCCAGGCCAACCCUCGUGUUGGUCCAGGAGCAAGCGACACCAAAAAGAAGAACAUAAAUAAUGGCGCUAACCCUGAGACAACCACUUCUAGUGGUUGCCACUCACCUGAGGAUGAAAAGAAGGCAAGACACCAACCUCAGGAUGCCCGAAGGAGGGAGCUAGAGGCCCAGGCUCAUACCACACAAAUCCUUACAUUUCAGCAAACGGAGCUUCAGGCGGCACUGUAUGACAGCCAGCAUGCUGUCCAGCAGCUGCAAGGAGAGACCAGGGAUCUGGUGUGCCGCCUCCAUGAAUCAUGGAAGUUUGCCGGAGAAUUAGAGCGGGCCCUCUCUGCUGUCACUACACAGAAGAGGCAGGCAGACAGGUACAUUGAGGAGUUAAUGAAGGAGAGGGACGCCCUGAGUCUGGAACUGUACAGGAACACCAUAAUCGAUGAGGAGCUGAAGGAGAAAAAUAUCAAAUUAGAAGAAAAAGUUCGACUUCAAGAGACUCAAAAGUCUGAGAUCCAGCUCAACAUAAAGGAGCUAGAAAGAAAGGUGGAGAGGGCCAAGCCCCUGCUGCCACAGCAGCAGCUGCAGGAGGAGGCUGACCACCUGGGUAAGGAGCUUCAGAGUGUGUCAGCAAAGCUCCAAGCCCAGGUGGAAGAGAACAAGUUGUGGAACCGCCUGUACCAGCAACAGGAAGAGAAGAUGUGGAGGCAGGAGGAGAGGAUACGGGAGCAGAAGAAGAGGCAGGAGGAGAAGAUGUGGAGGCAGGAGGAGAAGAUACACGAGCAGGAAGAGAAGAUACACGAGCAGGAAGAGAAGAUACGGGAGCAGGAAGAGAAGAUGUGGAGGCAGGAGCAGAAGAUACAGGAGCAGGAGGAGAAGAUACAGGAGCAGGAGGAGAAUAUGCACGAGCAGGAGGAGAAUAUACGAGAGCAGGAGAAGAAGAGGCAGGAGCAGGAGGAGAAGAUACGGGAGCAGAAGGAGAUGAUGUGGGAGCAGGAUGAGAUGAUGCGGGAGCAAGAGGAGGAGAAGAUGUGUGAGCAGGAGAAGAAGAUACGGGAGCAGGAGAAGAAGAUGCGGGAGCAGGAGGAGAAGAUGUGGAGGCAGGAGGAGAAGAUACGGGAGCAGGAGAAGAAGAUCUGGGAGAAGGAGGAGAAGAUGUGGGAGAAGGAGGAGAAGAUGUGGGAGCAGGAGGAGAAGAUGUGGUGGCAGGAGAAGAAGCUAUGGGAGCAGGAAGAGAAGAUGUGGAGGCAGGAGGAGAAGAUGCGGGAGCAGGAGAAGAAGAUCUGGGAGAAGGAGGAGAUGAUGCAGGAGCAGGAGGAGAAGAUACGGGAGCAGGAGGAGAAGAUCUGGGAGAAGGAGGAGAUGAUGCGGGAGCAGGAAAUGAGGCUGUGGCAGCAGGAGGAGAAGAUGCAGGAGCAGGAGGUGAGGCUGCAGGAAUAG